AUGGGUUGAUGUUUUGCAUGUUGAAGUCAUUCGUUACUACCAAGAAAGUGUUAAGGGACUAAAGUUUGGCUGGUUAUAUAAUUUAAGUGAUAGACCACUUACUUUUUCAAGCCUCCGCAUAGAAGACCUACUCGACAGCCCUGAUCCUCGCUACAUUGACCUCCUUCACCCAAACAGCUCUUACAGAAUGCCUGGAUCAGCCCCAGCCAACGGCGAGGCCACGUGGCCCAAAGAUGUGGGCGUCAUCGCCCUGGAGAUCUACUUUCCCUCACAGUACGUGGACCAGGCCGAGCUGGAGCAGUUUGACGGCGUGUCGGCCGGCAAGUACACGGUGGGCCUAGGCCAGGCGCGUAUGGGCUUCUGCUCAGACCGCGAGGACAUCAACUCCCUCUGCCUGACGGUGGUCCAGCGGCUGAUGGAAAGGAAUGGCCUCUCCUACAACCAGGUGGGCCGUUUGGAGGUGGGCACUGAGACCAUCAUCGACAAGUCCAAGUCGGUGAAGACGGUGGUGAUGCAGCUGUUCGAGGAAUCGGGCAACACGGACGUGGAGGGGAUUGACACGACCAACGCUUGCUAUGGGGGCACCGCCGCCCUCUUCAACGCCGUCAACUGGGUGGAGUCUAGCUCCUGGGACGGUCGUUAUGCCCUGGCGGUGGCAGGAGACAUUGCAGUUUACGCCACAGGAAGUGCCCGGCCGACAGGGGGCGCCGGUGCGAUAGCCAUGUUGGUAGGGCCCAACGCCCCACUGGCUUUUGACAGAGGUCUGCGGGGUACACACAUGCAGCACGCCUACGACUUCUACAAGCCAGACAUGUCAUCAGAAUACCCUGUGGUGGACGGAAAGCUGUCUAUCGAGUGCUACCUCAGCGCGUUAGAUCGCUGUUACUCUGUCUACCGCAACAAGAUCCAUGCACAGUGGCAAAGAGAGGGUGUGGACAAGCGUUUCAGCCUGGAGGACUUUGGCUACAUGGUGUUCCACUCUCCCUACUGCAAGCUGGUGCAGAAGUCCUUAGCCCGUCUGGUGCUCAGUGACUUCCUCAGCCACCCCAGGUCCAACACAGAGACUGGACCAUUCAGUGGCCUGGAGGCUUUCAGGGAGGUGAAGCCGGAAGAGACCUACUUCAACAGGGAUGUGGAGAAGGCCUUCAUGAAGGCCAGCACAGAGAUGUUUGAUCAGAAGACCAAGGCUUCCCUCCUCGUCUCCAACCAGAACGGCAACAUGUACACCCCCUCUGUCUACGGCUGCCUUGCUUCUGUCAUCGCACAACACACACCUCAGCACCUGGCGGGCCAGAGAAUCGGCCUGUUCUCCUACGGCUCAGGGUUUGCCGCCACACUCUACUCCCUCCGAGUCUCCCAGGACGCCACGCCUGGCUCUGGAUUGGAUAAGCUCUGUGCCAGCCUGUGUGACCUCAAGGCCAGACUGGACUCCAGGAGGAAGGUGUCACCUGCCAUGUUUGCUGAAAACAUGCAGCUGAGGGAAGAGACCCACCACCUAGCACCGUACGUGCCCCAGGGCGCUGUGGAGGAGCUGUUCCCUGGGACGUGGUAUCUGACCCGGGUGGACGAAAAGCACCGUCGGCAGUACUCCAGACGCUCCCUGAACGACGACUUGCCCCUGGAGGCUGGCCUGGUCAACUCCACCACAGCCACUGAGCAGCACAUCCCAAGCCCAGUGAAGAAGAUGCCCCGCCUCCCCGCCUCCACAGCUGGUCCUGAGGCGGUCACCGUUAGCAAUGGGGAUCAUUAAGCUAAGCUUACCUCUGUGAGGUACAGGUAGACAUGGAGGACGAUCAACAAAGGACAUUGGAAACACAAUUAUAAUGCUAGCAGAGAGGACCCCCCCGUGCACCUUCUCCUCAGAGAUAUGUUUUCUAACAUAUUGCUGAACGCCGCGUAAAACCAAGCUAUUUAACUAUCACAUCGUAGAAUUUAUCUUCAACCAUCAUUGCUCUCAAUUAUGUAACAGGGAGUAAUAUUAUAUGAAAUGUGUUCCAUUGGAUGCAUGGAAAGGAGAAGUGUUUGUCAAGGUAGCAGACAUUCCUGAAACUAAAAUCCUCAAGAUUCCACAUAAUUCCUGAGCCAGGGUGAAAAAAUCAGAUUUCGGCUAUUAAGAUUAUGUUUUGCAUAAAUUUGCAUUUCCCUUUUUCAAAAAUAAUAAAAUAAAGUAUUUAUAGCCCAACAAAUUCAACAAGUUCUUUUUUUAUUUAAUUUUGGACCAAUUCUUUGUUAAAAAAUAUUUUUUAUCUUACUUAUCAUGGGCGCAAACUUAACAGUGGAUGAAGAAAAAAAUCAUAGCACAUUUAUUUAAUCCGGGUAUUGAAACAAAAUGUUGGAGAAGAAAAGUAGAAGGGAUGAAAAAUAGAAGCCCCAUCUUAAGUCAACUAUUAUCUUCACUCGUAGCAUCAAGAGGAAAUGGAAGCUUGAGGAACAAGACUGCCUGCAGGCCUUUGGGGAUAAAAAGGGAAGUGAGGCCUCUUAACUCUGUUUGUUUUUCAAAUGCUGCUGCUACCGUUGCAACUUGCUGUAAUGUUUUACCUUUUUAUUUAACUAGGCAAGUCAGUUAAGAACAAAUUUUCAACAAAUUUUUCAAUGAUGGCCUAGGAACAGUGGGCAGAACGACAGAUUUGUUCCUUGUCAGCUCGGGGUUAUGAACUUGCAACCUUCCAGUUACUAGUCCAACACUCUAACCACUAGGCUACCCUGACCUGAGCUGUACAAAGCAGCUACACCCCUACUAUACCUUAAGUUUGACCGGUUUCAGAAUACUUCCAUUUGCUAUGUAGGGGAAACAUAAUAAUUAUGUGGGCGCUUAUAUUUAUCCUAUUUCACACCUGUGAAUUGGAAAUGAGUUUUUUGCAUAUCCAAACUCCCCCUGAGAUACCCUCAGAGUGGGGUCACGUCCAGGGAUCAGACGUUAUUGACUGCAACCCUGGAGCAAUUAGGGUUAAGUACCUUGCUCAAGGGCACAUCAACAGAUGUUUCACCUACUCGGCUGGGGUAUUUGAACCAGCGACCUUUCAGUUACUUGCCCAAUAUUCUUAACCGCUACACUACUAAUAGUCAGAAUUAGUUUUCUCUUAGGACUCUUUGUUAUACCACCAUGGACAAAUAUCAGGGAAGAGGGACUGAACGGUCUGAGUUACAUUUAAGUAAUUUAGCAGCAGAUGCUCUUAUCCAUAGACACUUACAGUAGUGAGUGCAUACAUGUUCAUAUUGUUUUGUACAAGUUCCCCGUGGGAAUCUAAACCCACAACCCUGGCGUUGCAAGCUCUUUGCCUUACCAACUGAGCAACAAUUCAACAUGUUUAAAUCAUGUGAUCAAUGUUUCCCGCGGCGGUGAUUGCACUACAGACUAAAACGGUGAAAUGCCUCAAUUGAGCAUGCCGUUUUAUCAGAGCUUUAAUUCUCACCAGGCUCUGAUCUAUACAAUAUGUAAAAUAACAUUUUGUUUGAGUUCUUGUUUGUCCUUAAAUAUUUUUUGGGGGAAAACAUUUCAGCAGAUAAAUCUAUUUCCUGGAAUUACGUAAAUUGACAUGGUCAAUUUAGUCUCCGUGCAGAAACUUUUAAAUCAGUUUUAAAAGAAAUAUGUCCAACAAGUUAUUGUGUUGAAGAAAUUCAUGUUCUGUGUCUCUACGACGUGUCUUUCCUUACUAGACUUAAGGGACCAGAUGCUGUCCUGAAAGGGUUGUGUUUUCUCCGAGGUCAAACGUUUUUUUUUUAGUUGUUUUUUUUAACACUGACAGGGAUAGGACUAGUUAUAGACUGUAAAGAAACCAAAUCUUGACACAGGCAGAAAAUGCUCAGGCAGAAAUAACUGCAAACAUCAGCCUUAAAGGGAACAGAGUUGGGGGCAUACUUAUUUUUUCAUUCACAUAAAUGUUUUGCAUUUCCUCUGCAUUGUUGGGCGAUAGAGUUGUAGUCCAUUUCCAAUCUCUCAAGUUUGAGAAGCCUUACAAUAAGCAUGUACUAAAUGUAGAAAAUAGCUAUACUCAUGAUAAUGUACAGAUAUUUUAAUUUUUAACAGCCAAGAUAAGUUGCCUCUGUUUAUAUCUGUGUAUGGCUGAUGUUUACAUUGUUUCUCUGAGAUCAGAUAAUUAAAAAAAAUGAAUUGGUGGGUAAUGUAUAGUACUAACUAAGAUUAUUUAUAUUUGUAGAUAUAAAUAAAUUGGCGUCUGAUCAAGUGUCUCUUUUAUAGCAACGAUCUGUAUAGAGAUGAUGUAAUAACAAUGUAGAGAUGUAUUAAGAGAUGAACUGAAUAAUAAAUAUAUGUUCAUUUAAA